AUGCAAGUAAUACGAGAUCGUGUGACUGUUUCUGCGUUAGACUUAUUUGAAGAUGAUUUUUAUCGGAAUGCUCUUGAAUUGAGAUCCGUGGUUGAAAAAAUUAUCGCAAUGGCGGUGGGUGUGAAAGAUGAAAUUAAUCUUUUGCCAGUAAUCGAAGAUCGGACCCCGUCAUCAUCAAUGAUGUCGACCACGUAUUCUCCACCAAAAGUUAUUAG